UCUUGGCCGGCAGCGGCCUCAUUGGCAAUGGAGGCGGCGGAGGAGGCGGCGGGCUGCUCGUUGCGGCCGUUCUCCUGCGAGCAAGGCCCGCUGUCCCGGCCCGACGGCUCCGCCACGUUCGUGCAGGGUGACACGUCGGUGCUGGCCGGGCUGUACGGCCCCGCCGAGGUGAAGGGCAGCAGGGAGAGCCCCGACCGAGCCACGGUGGAAGUGAUGCUGCGGCCCAAGGUCGGGCUGCCCGGUGGGUGCUGCGGCUCCGUGUCCCUUCCGUUCUCAUACCCCAUCACGAUCCUAUAUGUCCGUAUGUCCCCCUGUGUGCCUUCGUGUCCCCUCUAUUCUCAUACCCCAUCACGGUCCUAUACGCCUUUAUAACCCCCUGUGUGCCUUCGUGUCCCUUCUAUUCUCAUAUCCCA